AUGAGUUCAAUAUGGGAGUAUUAUAAUGAAAAAUCAAUACUGAUGACAGGUGGUUCUGGCUUCCUAGGAACAGCACUUGUCCAUCGCCUGCUUACAAGUACAUCGGCAUCGCGUAUUUAUGUGGUCUGUCGAGGAGGUGCAAAGAAGCUUGAGGCCAGAUGGAAGGAAUGGAUGCCCAGUGACACAGUCCGUCGUAUGUGCGAUUCCAACCGCCUGAUCGUGCUGGAUGGUGAUAUUCUCUUGCCCAAUCUGGGUCUCUCGAAAUUUGAUUUGGAUAUUCUACGGCAUGAUACCGAGAUCGUUAUCCAUGCAGCAUCUUCUAUCAACCUAGGGAAACGCCUAGAUCGUGUUUUUAAUUCAAUCGUCGAAGCGAGUCAAAUGAUGUUCAACAUCGCACUAUCAUGUCCAAACUUUGAGCGAUUCAUCUAUGUCUCAACCGCAUAUUCAAACGCCCAUCUUUAUUCCCAAAGUCCAGGAUCCGACAUUCAAGUUGAAGAGAAGAUUUACUAUCUCAAAGGCGAAAGUGAUGUUCUCGAAGAGCUUGAUCAAGUACGAAAACAUGGAACGAGCAAGGCAUAUCAAAAAGAGAAUUUUCCCUGGAGCUAUGCAUACGCGAAAAACCUUUCAGAAAGGCUGCUACUACACAGAUUCAGUGAGAUUGGUGCAAAGGAAAAGCUUCUCAUCGUGCGCCCAUCUGUGAUCGGUCCUUCUCUUCGUUUACCCUUUCCAGGAUACAUUAUGCCCAUGUCUUCACCUUGUACCAUGAGUAUAGCAAUAGCAUCUUUAUACCCAUUCCGGACGUUGAAAAUUGCAACACUGAUGGCUGAGCCUGAGUUGGACGUUCAUAUUGAUGAGGUCCCUGUGGAUGUUGUCGUCGACCGCCUUCUGUGUCAUCUUGCUAUGGGUACAUACGGCUGUUUUCAUGCUGUCAGUGGAGUGGAUUCACGAAUAGACUAUAACUGCUUUGUUAAGAACUUGGGGAUAGUUCGCCGAUUUCCGUGGGGAGUGCAGCCUGUCUGGUUGAAGGAAGAUUGGAAAUCGCGCAAACAGUUCUGGGCAAGUCGCAUAUAUGCGAUUAUCGGAGUUUCUUUUGCUUUCUCCGAUGACAGGACUAUUGCUCUCAGCAAGAGACUCUCUGAUCAAGAGAAAGUGGAUCUACAGUUGUUUUCAGGGUGCAAUUUUGAUGUUGCGUCCCGUGCAGAAAGCAUUCGUUAUGUCAUGGAUCAGUUUGCAGGCCAAAGUUGGUUAGCAUGGAUGAUUGUUUGGCUUCUUUAUUCAGACCUUGGGAAGGGAAAUUCUCACCGUUGGCGAUCUGUAAAGUUAUAA